AUGUUUUUUGGAUACUGGAAUGUUAGAGGGUUAAAUGACCCCCUCAAACAAUCUAAAGUAAAGAACCUCAUUACCUCCAAUAGGCUUUCUUUGUGUGGGUUGGUGGAAACUAAGGUUAAGGAGAAGAAUCAAAAUAAGGUGGCGAAUGCCAUCUUCAAGUCAUGGAGUGUCCUUACGAAUUACAAUUGCUCUCCACUUGGUAGAAUUUGGAUAUGUUGGAAUCCAAAUGAUGUAGAUGUUUUACUGGUGGGCUGCUCAGCUCAAGCUAUCCAUGUUCGUGUUAAUGCAUGUAAUGGUACAUGGAGUUGUGUGGUAUCAGUGGUAUAUGGGGAUAAUAUCCCAAUUAAGCAUGUUGAUCUAUGGGACGAUUUAGUAGCUAGGCAUGGAGGUUUUGCAUAUUUGCCGUGGGUGUUCAUAGGGUACUUCAAUUCUGUUCUCUCCCCGUCCAAAGUGGAAGGUAAGCCUACAUGUCAAGAUGAUCUUGAAAACUGCAUGGCAACAGUGGGUCUGGAUGAUUUGAAGUUUGGUGGUUGUUUAUAUACAUGGACUAAUAAGCAUGUAUCUGGCUCUAUUAUCAAGAAACUAGAUCGUGUAUUGGUGAAUUCGAAGUGGGAGGAUGAGUUUCAGGGAUCGGCAACUAUUCUCAUUGCUAGUGUGUCGGAUCAUUCUCCUAUGGUUGUGAAACUUGCAAAGCUACCGCGUAGGAAGAUUCCAUUCUGCUUCUUUGAUUAUUGGAUGGAUCACUUGCAUUUCUUUCCUUUGGUGGCUCGGGUUUGGGGUGAAACAGUUGUGGGAACUUCUAUGUUUUGUCUGUGUUCGAAAUUGAGAAUGCUGAAGCUUGCCUUGAAAGAUUUUAAUGAGGAGCACUUUUUAGAUCUACCUAGGAGAGUCACUCAAGCUCGGUUUGAUCUGAGCGUGUUCAGAGACCAGAAUACUGCUUUCUUUUUCAAGGCUAUGAAAAGUCACUAUGGCAAGAAUAAGCAGCCUAAUGGUGAGAGUCUGGAUAUGGACUUGCUUCGAAGAGCUCUUCCUAAAAGUAUCUCAGUGGUGCAUAAUGAAACCCUUAAUAGAGGUGUAUCAUAUGAGGAGAUUAAGGAGGUUUUGUUCUCUUUGAAAGAUAACAAGGCUUCGGGACUAGAUGGUUUUAAUGCAGGUUUCUUCAAGAGGACUUGGAGUAUUGUGGGAAACGAUGUUCUAUGUGCCAUCAAGUCCUUUUUUGACUCGGGGCAACUAUUGAAGCAAGUUAAUGCUACUACCAUUGCUUUGCUUAUGGCCAAUAGAGUCAAGAUGGUACUUCCAGAUAUUGUUGGAUCUCAACAAACUGUUUUUGUUAAAGGAAGACAUAUUAGCGAUAAUAUCUUUCUUUCCCAAGAGUUGUUGAGGAAUUAUAAUCGCAGUGGAGGAUUGCCUAGGUGUGCCCUUAAAGUUGAUAUCAUGAAAGCCUAUGAUUCUAUUUGUUGGGAUUUUCUUUUUGCUGUUUUAAGGCUGCUUGGGUUUUCGGAGAAGAUUUUAAGUACCAUUAGAGGUGUGAGAAAGAGAAGAUCACCAACUUGUGUUUUGCUGAUGAUCUUAUGGUCUUUGGGGAGAGCUAAAGUUGGUUUUGUAUCUCGCAUUGGAGACUGUCUCAAUCAAUUCAAAGCUUUUUUCGGCCUUGUUUCUAACCCAGAUAAGAGUAAUCUAUUUGCUAGUGGUGUUUCAUCAUAUCUCAAGCACCAGUUACUUAAUUGGGUUAUAAGGAGGGCUUUAGAUUGUAAGGUGUUGGUGGAUCGUAUUAUAGCCAGGGCUAAGAGUUGGACUUGUCGCUCACUUUCCUAUGUGGGAAGCAAGUGGAAGCUACUCUACGGGCCUUCUUUUAGAAGGGUUGUGACCUUGGUACCAUGCUACUUGCUUAAAGGUCGGAGCAUUUGGGAAUUGAAAUGUCCUAGGGACUGCUCUUUUGGAGUUGGAGGAAGAUUCUUGGGCUUAGAGACAUAG